AGCAGAAUCGUGUAGGUGUGAACUAUACGAUUAUCCCACGCCACUAGUGCCAACUUGUGGCUCAUAUAGCCUAAGCACCUCAAUGUUUGAAACAUAGGAUAAUGUUUCCUUCUGCAAAAAGGGGCUAACGAGACCGCAUCAACUAGCGGUGCUUCUUCUUUCGUUUUUUUUUUUCCCCCUUUUUACUUUUCUGAUCACAGGGACCUGAAAAGAAAAAAUGAAGUUACAGGACUGAUGAAACGAUAAAAACUAUAUAAACGAAUUCGCAAAUAAAUUUUUCGAUUUCUGGGGGUGAACUUUCAAGCCUAAGUUGAUGGAAUCUGCUUCAUUCCCUCGCUUCUUAAUCUCCCAUGUCAUCUACAGCUCAAGCUUGGGUCGUUCCUCCUCGACACUUCGGAGUAUGAGAAGUGGCUGGUGGAAGAAAAGGUUGUGUGGAAUCGGGGUUUGUGACGUUGGAAUAGGAAACUCGUACGGUGCAAGCAGUGUGAAGAAGAACGAGAAUGGGUCAGUGUUAGGUGCGACGGAUGAGUCAGCUUCAGUAACAUUUGGAACAUUAGACGCAGAAAUCACACCAGAAACUGCAGAUUUCUUUGUGAGUGAUGCAGAAGGUGAUCCAGACCGUCCCUCCAAAGGUUACUCGUCGAUUGGGCAGGCGCUUGACGCACUGCGUCAGGGAAAGUUUGCGAUAGUGGUAGAUGGUGAAAAUGGGGAAAUUGAAGGAAAUCUUGUAAUGGCGGCAUCGAUGACUAGUCCGGAGCAUGUGGCCUUCAUGACAAGGCACGGAUCAGGGAUCGUCUCUGUGGGCAUGAAGGAUGAGGAUCUUCAAAGACUGAAGCUUCCUCUUAUGUCACCUGACUCUGAAAUUGAGGAUUCUUCUGCCCCAACUUUUACUAUCACUGUGGAUGCGAAAUUUGGCACUUCGACAGGCGUAUCAGCUGCAGAUAGAGCAAAGACAGUUCUUGCAUUAUCAUCUCCAGACUCACAGCCAGAAGAAUUCAGAAGGCCAGGUCAUGUGUUUCCCCUUAAAUACAGAAAUGGUGGUGUUCUCAGAAGAGCAGCUCACACUGAGGCUUCUGUAGAUUUGGUCACCAUGGCCGGCUUGAGGCCCGUCUCAGUUCUUUCAACCCUUGUUGAUGAAACUGAUGGUUCCAUGGCUUCCUUACCUGUCCUCCAAAACUUGGCAUCACAACACAACUUACCAAUUGUUUCAAUAACUGAUUUGAUCAGGUACCGGAGAAAGCGAGAAAAACUGGUUGAAAGAACUAGCUUCUCGCGCCUCCCUACUAAAUGGGGUCUAUUUCAAGCAUAUUGCUAUCACUCUAAGCUGGACGGAACUGAACAUGUGGCUAUUGUGAAGGGAGAGAUAGGAGAUGGGGAAGAUGUGUUAGUAAGAGUACAUUCAGAGUGCUUAACAGGAGAUAUAUUUGGAUCAUCUCGAUGUGACUGCGGGAACCAGUUAGAGUUGGCUAUGAAGUUGAUUGAGGAAGCUGGGAGAGGAGUGAUUGUGUAUCUUCAAGGUCAUGAAGGAAGAGGCAUUGGACUCGGUCACAAACUGAAGGCCUAUAACUUGCAGGAUCAAGGUCGUGACACUAUUCAGGCCAACUUAGAACUUGGCUUGGCUGUUGAUGCUCGUGAGUAUGGCAUUGGUGCCCAGAUUCUGAGGGAUUUAGGAACAAUGAGGUUAAUGACAAAUAACCCCGCGAAGUUCGUUGGGCUGAGAGGGUAUGGUUUGGCAGUGAUAGGGCGAGUUCCUGUGUUGACACCAAUCACAAAAGAAAACAAGAGGUACCUGGAAACAAAACGAACCAAAAUGGGUCAUGUGUAUGGUUCUGAUAUACAAUCACCAUUAGCUGGAUUCAUCAAUCCUAUUGUAAGUAACAAAGACUUUCCCGACAAACAAGGGUCAACUUAGUACAUAGUCAAAGAAAGAUAGCUCAGAUUUUCAUGUUUGAGUGGAACAAAUGCGUGAAGCAUUUCGUGUUCAUUUGUGAAGAAUGUAGUCAUUUUGCUACUGCAACAUUCCAAUUACAGGACUUUUUUCUUUCUGGGUAA